AUGGAUAUGAAGGACGGAAUCUCUUUGCUUUCCCUCAAACAUCACCUACUUCUGUCGUACUUGCAGUCACUUGUCCUGCUCUCUGCACGCCGAGCAACUGGAAACUCCUUGACAGAGAGAACACCAGCCAGUUCUCCUUUCAGUACUGUCGAUCGAGAGGCGCGAGGCUCUGGUGCUGGUGAUCUUGUCGACUCUAUGAUAGAGGGUCGUAUUGUGCUCGAAAAAAUAAAAGUCCUGGAAAGCAGGAUGCGAUACCAGAUCGAAAAACUCGUCAGAGUUGCGGAAGAAGUGCCUUCUAGCAAAGGUGUAGCCGAAGAUCCCCUCGCCUUCCGUCCAAAUCCCAAAAAUCUUGUUGACAACGAGCAACACUCCGACGAGGACCAAGACGCUCGUUCAGAUGUCGAAGACCCCGAUGGAAUCUACCGCCCUCCCAAGCUUGCGCCCAUGCCCUAUACAGAAGCUGCCGCUGACAAGCGUUCUAAACGACAGCCCGUUCCUAAGGCACUUUCUACCCUCCUUCACCAAGACCCCUCGCGCCCGCACAUUGAGAGUACAUCCGGCCUUGGCUCAAUGCCCUCCCUCGCGUCUGACCGCGCUCGCGAGAUCCAACGUAUAAAAGACUUCGAGGAGGAGAACUUCACUCGGUUGGUCAUGAAGAAGAAAGAUGCGCGUAGGCGGCGAAAAGAUGAAGAGGAUUUGGCUCUCGGGGGUACGGGUGCUGGAAAGGGUAGGAAGCGAGGUCGGGGCUUGGAGGAUGAGUUUGCGGAUGUGCUGCACUCAGUCGGGUGCACGAAGACGGGUGUGCUCGGCGAUGGAUAUGAAGAGCUGAGGCAAAGGGGCAAGAAAGCUGACGCAUUAUCGAGAUCUCGUACGACAUGGAAGGGUGAUCUUGAGGGCGCAGACGAAGACGGGCCACGACUGAAGAAAAAGACAAGGUUCGAAAAGGCAAAGACCACUCUACACAAGAAAAUGAAGUCAAGAAAGAGAUAG